AUGCCUCUCUCCCAAUCGGUUGGUCUCCGCUUAGCUUCUAGCGCUAUUGCAACCACCUGCAUUGCAUUUGGCGUCAACGCCAUUUUACGGCCUGACCACGCUCUCACCUUUUUCGAGUUCCGACCUCCUUCUGCUAGAGAGGAUAAGCUGAUAGUUGACAGCCUCAUGGCAAUUUAUGGAGUCCGGGAUAUCUUCAUGGGUGCCGCCAUCUUGGCGGCUUCGCACCUCGGUACACAUUCGGCCCUGGGCUGGAUCUUGAUUGCGACCAGUGGUGUUGCAUUGGCAGAUGGAUUAGUUUGCUGGAAUAAUGGCCAGGGCGAGUGGAAUCAUUGGGGAUAUGCACUCGUGGCCGCUGUGAUCGGCAGCUUGUCACUCGGUAUCUUCGACUGA